CUUGACUUGGUUGCAGGCACCAUUCACAAGGUCGCACUAUCGUAAGGUAAGUCUGCGUUGAUAGCUUGUAACGUUCCAACCAUUUGUCCUAUCUAGGGUCGUGUCUGAAUUUUUUUGCCUGUCUGUGUGCGACUUCUGUGCGAGACUCACGUAUGCCUUUCGUCCCGUUGGGGUCACCACUCCCUCUGGAUUGUUAGGGAGUUCUGGGACCCGCGCUUUCUUAUCCUUGAGUCUGUCAUCGAUUCCAAUCACUAUGGUGGCACACUUAUCCUGCAUAUUCUGUGCUGUUACGUCACUGCCCGCCAUUAACAUUGGCUCUGUGAAGCUCAUUUCCCUUCUGGCAUCCCAGGGACCGGAGGAUGUGACCCUCUUGUCCACACCCCUGCCCCUAACGCCCUCCAAUUUUAAUGCUUUCACUCAUGUGACGGUUUGUCUGUUGGCUGCUUCACCCUGUUAUGGUGGACCAUUCCGAGUAAGGAUAAUGCCCGGGAUUUCUGUUGUAAUAUCAACAAUCGGUUCUGACGACGGAGUGGCGAGGAGGGAUUGAUUGUCGGUGGCGAAGUUUGGCGCAGAAACUUACGUGCCAUAGCCUUAUAUUUAAAAUUUUCUUCACCAACCUCAGUUUGUAUUUGUCAACCUGGCGAUGUAUCCACCAUCAGCAGAACCUGAUCAACAAAUUGCUAGUGGUAAAAUAAGUUUCGCCCUUUAGGAAAAGUUCUUGACACAAUUUGUCCCUGGCUGGCAUCAGCUCAGCCAAGGAUCUGCUUUUUUCAGCUCCACUACCUGAAUAGCUGGAAUUACCGCCUAAUCGAGGCUGUAGGGUAUACUGCUUCUACAGAUUAUAGAGGCGAUGGGUAUACUACACGAGAUUGUACGUAUGCAUAGCUCAACUUGCUCCUUGCUGACAGGUGGCUACAAAUCCGAUAAUG